AUGUUUGACUCACUGCGCCUGCUGGUACUGUCGCUCCUGUAUUACCUCGGCUUCACCUAUGCCGCCUUUACAGCGCUCAAGCAGCGUUCUACGACGGCGGUGACGGUGGUACCGUCGGCGUUGUCGCCGGCCACUGCAAAUGCGCCUCGACAAGGCACCAAGGUACAAAUCGGCAUCCCUGCGUUGAAGCUCAUGAUCAUGCUUACAACCAUGGCACUGCUCUCGCUUGUCGGGGCUGACUGGUUUCCGCUCUUCGCAGAGAUGCGCGUGAUUUUCAUGUACACACUUCUCUAUGCACCCCCUUUUGCCCAGCAGGAGCUCUAUGAUCAGAUGUUCGCCCCUCUGCUGGCUCGUGUGGGCGCCUUGGCGCUCUCUCCGCAGACAAGGGACGUAGCUGCCCGCACGGUGUCGCUGUUUGUGGUGCGCCGCUGCAUUGACGUUGCGAUUGCCGCCAUGAACUACACGGAGUGCAGCCGCAUCGGCACCGAUGCGGCGCGGGACAUCUUGAGUAGCCUGCAGUUUUGUCAGCGCGCACUCCAGCAGGCCGCGGAUAUGACGCGCGAGUCAGAGGGAGCGACAUAUGCACAGAUCGCGCGAGACAGAAACUUUUCCGUCGGCGUCUUCACCUCACAUGUGCGACGAGUUCUCAUGGCAAGGAAGGAGGAGGAGGACUUCAGCGCCCGUAUCCCGCUUGGCCGUAUUGUGCGGGAUGAACACGUUGACCCCGAGAGCAGUUUGCCUGUGGCGACAGCGUCUCUGUCAGCGAUGUCAUCUUUUUUCAGUACGACGAGGGAUGGGCUGGUGGGUAGCUUGCACAACGAGUACUCACACUCUGGCUUAGAGUGCAGCGAAGGUGGCCGGUCCGAUCGCUUGCGUCGCGGUGAUCGACACCGGAGGGAGUUGUCUGGCAUUUUUUGA